CAUCUAGUGUGUCUAUAUAUUAUUGGACCGGGCUGGUUGACUUGUACCAACAAUUUUUAUAACUAAGCCAUUGUUCUAUCUGAGCUUGUACUCUGUCCUCAAUACAGAAUGGGCGGUGUCAUAGCGGAGCGUUUUGAUUGAUGCGGAUUAUCAUCCAAUGGAAGAGGACAUAAACAUUUAUGCAGCUAACUAGGAAGUUUGCUAGCUAGCAAUUUUGCAAAGAAGAUGGAUACGGGAAUGCUGGAACCAUCUUUGUACACCGUGAAAGCAGUCCUCAUUCUGGAUAAUGAUGGAGAACGACUUUAUGCUAAAUAUUAUGAUGACACAUACCCUUCAGUGAAGGAACAGAAAGCCUUUGAGAAGAACAUCUUCAGCAAGACACACCGGACUGACAGUGAGAUAGCUUUGCUAGAGGGCCUCACAGUCGUCUACAAGAGCAACAUUGAUCUCUUCUUCUAUGUCAUUGGAAGCUCACAUGAAAAUGAGUUGAUGCUAAUGGCUGUUCUAAACUGUCUGUUUGACUCACUGAGCCAAAUGUUGAGGAAGAAUGUUGAGAGGAGAGCUCUACUUGAGAAUAUGGAAGGUCUCUUUCUCGCUGUGGAUGAAAUUGUGGAUGGGGGAGUGAUUCUGGAAAGUGAUCCUCAGCAAGUGGUCCACCGCGUGGCACUAAGGGGGGAAGAUGUGCCUUACUCAGAGCAGACUGUCACCCAGGUGCUGCAGUCUGCCAAGGAACAGAUCAAAUGGUCUCUGCUACGAUAGGACCUGUCGACUCCCAUCAUCGGAUACUGUACCACCAUGACGCAUGGCUCCUCUCUCUGUGAUGUCAUCUCUUCCCCUCUACUCACUCCACACCAUUCCUCCCAUCUCUCCAAUCAGGACUGAGGAGAGGCUGAUCGCUCAUCCAAUCAGACACUCCCAGUGCCAGGGAUAUCUUUGAGUUUUGUCUGUAUCUGAAUCAAUCAUUCUAUCAUGUGUGUGUCUUUACUGUAAAAGUGUAUUCUUCUGAUAUCUUUCUGUAAAGCUAGCUCUGAGAGGAUAUUGGAUGGUAGUGUGUCAAUACAUUCCAGCUGCCUGGUUUGCAUUUUCUUCCACAGACCAUUUCAGUUGACAGCUUCAUGUGUUAACUAUAGUACAGACCAUAUAAAUACUUCCUUUCUAUUUAUAUGGUACAGACAUAUGGUCAGAUCAGGCAACCUUGUUGUUAGUCACUCAGAAUACUGGAUAAACUCAAGCAUUUAAAUAUUUUGAAUAAAAACAUUUAUAGACACUGAA